UGACUGCUGUGUUUUGCGACGUGUUGUAAACGCUAGUAAGUGUUGUACCUGCUACCGUCGUUAGAUAUCAUCAUUAUUUGCUGAAACUACAUCAACACUUUUAAAAACGUGGAAGAAAACGAUUUAAUUCAUAAAAAUGUAGUUUAUAAUUGAAAUGCGGUUAUAUGUAGGGGUCAUCUCUGUACGAGGUUGCAUGUUGGUGAUGGAGACGUUCGAGGAAUUUUCCAUAACCAUGACGUUGCUUUCCCUACCCGAAACAACUCCUUCCCUUCCGGGACUUUGAAGAGCAGCACCGCUGCUGCCACCAGAGGGUCCUCCACCAACAGGUACCCCUUUAAACAAGAAGCACUUCCGAGUUCACAGACAACAACAACCCAAUAAUGCUAAUGCCCGGGGCGCAAACGGCAACACAACAGAGGACUCGGCCCGCCCGUCACCACAGCUCCCACCGGCCCUCCCCUCGGUGCGUAUCCUCGCCCGGGGUGCGGCCGGCCCACCCAUGCCUGUGAUCCCCAUCCCGCGGAGGGCGCGCAGCUUCCACGGCCCCCACACCACGUGCAUGCACUCGGCCUGCGGCGCCUCCCGCGGCGGCCAGCUGGCGCACGCCACCAAGUACAACAACUUUGACCUGUACCUGCGCUCGCGCUGCAUGUACAGCUUCCUGCGCUUCCUGCUGUACUUCGGCUGCAGCCUGGUGACGUCGCUGCUGUGGGUGGCGCUGUCGGCGCUCUUCCUGGCGCAGUACGCCGGCGUGCGGGCGCUCCUGCGGCUCCAGUACAAGCUGUCCGUCAUCCUCCUGCUGCUGGGGCACCGGCGGCUGGACUUUGGCGCCCUCAACGACCUGUUCAUCUACAGCAUGCACGUCACCAUGUUCCUGGUGGGCGGGCUGGGCUGGUGCUUCAUGGUGUUUGUGGACAUGUAGCGCCUUGAAGGAGGACGGAGGACAUUGGGACACAUGGUAGACUAGGCUGUGUGUGUGUGUGUGUGUGUGUGUGUGUGUGUGUGUGUGUGUGUGUGUGUGUGUGUGUGUGUGUGUGUGUGUGUGUGUGUGUGUGUGUGUGUGUGUGUGUGUGUGUGUGUGUGUGUGUGUGUGUGUGAGCGAGCAAGUUUUGGUCCCCCUUCAGAUGAUUUGUGUAAAAUUCAGUGCCUUGCGAAAAUAUUCAACCACAUUGAAAUCAGCUUUGUGCUGAGUUAGAAACGAUGCUGAGGUGGUUAGGGCUGUAGUCAAGGAAAUGUUGGUCGACAAUAUGAACUAAAUGGGCCACAGGGCACUGUGGGCCCUCUACCUAGUAGCCUAAAUAUCACCUAAGGGCUGUGUGGAGGAAGUCGGUGUCAGUUUUACAUUGUUGAGCGGGUUGCACAUCAGAUAAGCCAAGGGACGCCACGGAGCACCGCGUCAGACAGAAGUAAAGAAAUACGUAGAAAGACUCUGUUUUAGGUCCUGUUCUGAAUUUAAUAUAUUGUGUCGCAAUGGUUUGUGCUGCCAUACUGGCCAAGGUGCCAAUUCUGAUAUGUUCACACUCAAAGCCUCUCAAUGAUAUUUCUAACAUAAUAUAGCCUAUCCCUCCAAAAUAAUAAUAAUGGAUUAGAAAGGUUUUCUCAUUCUGAAUGUAACGCCAGCGAUUUUCCGACAAAUGAGAAUUUGGUUGGACAAGACCAGAAGGUUUCCGCCCUGGAGAUUUUGUUAUUACCAUGUUUAAAAGUGCCACUGGUUAUAUGUUUCAACAAGAUUUUGUGAAUAACAUGAAAUACCCUGGUUGCGCAGGUGUAUAAACUGAGGAGGAGUUUCAGCUCCUGCAGGUUAAACAUGUUGCCUUAACAAGGACAGGGUAGGCCCAACAUUGGCCAACGCCCCCGCCUGUUUAGUAAGCAUUGGUAGCACUGACUUUCUAAAGGAACUGAAAUGGGAAGACAAAAUGUUAUGCAUUCAAGCACGCAAUUGGAAGCUGUGCAACACCGACUGUCUGGAGUGGUGGUGUAUUAUUUUAAAAGUGCUCAAGUCUCAAUUCAAGUGUGGCCUUCAUGUUAUGUUGUGAAGAACACUAAUUAAAAAGAGGACUUUAUUGGAAAACAUAUCAGGAAUUUGCCAGCUAAGAUGCAGGACAGGGAUUUGGUUUGCCCACUAUUCAAAGUGCUACUGGUUGCGUGCCUGACCAUACACCUGACACUGCAAAUACUUCAUCUUUGGGGACUGGGUACCUUGCUAAAAUGGAGGAUUGAAUGUAGCAGUAAAUUGAAUGGGAGAUUCUGCAUCAGUGAGUUGUGGGAGAAAGUUCAUCUUUUAGUAGUUCAUCGAUCUCAAGCAUGAGGUUCAACAGGGUGAAAGUCGUCAAGUGGCAGAGUCAAACGCACACGUCUGGAGGAUCUCUGGAGCUCAUUGUACACAACAAGUGUCCUCAAACCAGCCUGUAUGAUCUGAUGCUAAACCUGCCAUGAAAUGCCUUCCAACACAAGGUUGCAAAGCUGGUAAAGAUUUCCCAUUGCAGCAAAUGGUCUCUUUACCAUUUGCUAAUGUUAUUAUCAUAUUAAAGCAGUAUAUUUCAUUUUCCUGGACAUAUCUACUUAUAAAUAGUUUGACUCCUGACAACAUUCAUGGGGGUUGUUGUUGAAUAUUUUUGCAAGGCACUCUGGCUGUAUUAACUUAUUUUGUGAAACAGCAUACACCUUAGUUAUUGAAGGGCUGUCCGCACCUCAAUCAAUGUCUUUAAUUUUUUUUUUUCUUUAGUUCAUGUUUUAUUUUAUUUUUAAUCAUGGUUGAUUUCCAAAAUAUAAUUUAAUUCAAACCGUUUACCUUGUAUUUAUCUUUACCAUCCGAUUUUCCAGUUCUGCUGUCUGUUUUUAAUGGUGUAGUCACAAGAUUAAAUUGACCUACCUAUUCUAAUUGCCUUACAAGACGGACUGUCUGGCGUCAAAUAAUAUCAUCAUUUAAUUCUGUACGAUUUAAAUCAAUAGUAUGUUUGUGUCAAUGACAUCGUCGGUGCCGUUUGGUUCUCAAAUUGCAGUUAAUUUAGUUUUAACUAGGGGGCAGUAUCAUACAGUGAUUGUCAAACUGGGAUAACUUGGCUUGAUUAUGUUCAUUAUGGGCUGUAAAAUGAAGCCACAGUGUGCCAACUAAAUAAACAACUUAAUUGAUGUUCGUCAAUGUAAUGUUCAGGCAAGCCUAAUGUGACUCUUAUGUUUUUACAGUUUGAUAUGUCAAUUAUAAAAUGAUUAAAACGACUUAUAAUUGUAUGAGCCAUUGCACUGGAUUGUGGUUUUAGUAGUUUUGUAUUUCUACGU